AUGGCGACUCCGCUUUCUGGUACAGCGAUUAUCACUGGGGGAAAUGGGUCACUUGGAUCUUCAAUAGCCAUCGCCAUCGCCAAAGCGCAGCCUUUUGUGCAUCUGCUACUACUGGCACGGGAUAUCCGCUCCGAUAGCGUCAAAGAACUGAGAGACAAGAUCCGUUUGAUCGGACCCCGGUCGAUUGAAGUAGCAAGAGUGGACCUGACAAGUUUCAACUCCGUCAUCAGCUUUACAGAGAAUACAGUGGAAAGGGUGCAAAACAAAGAGAUCCCUCCGGUGACACUGCUGAUUAACUGCGCUGCUGUUGCGUCCUACAUCGCCGACCAAGUAACACGAGAUGGAUUCGAUCCCGUCUACCAGACCAACUGUAUUGCUCCGUUCCUCUUGACCAUCGGUUUGCUGGAGGCGUUCCGAGCGGGCGAUGGAACACCAAACGGCGGAGUGAGGGUGAUCAACGUUGGUUGCUCAUCCAUGUCGAAAGGCUCUUUGGAUUAUUUCGACAAACAUGAUUUUGGAAAUCAACAACCGGGGACGCCAUUGUCCUCGAAGGAAGGGAAUGCACGCUUUGGAAGUAGCAAAUUAAUCAUGAGCGCGGCCAUGUACGCCUUGCGUCGGAGUCUGGUACUCAAUGGCAAAAUUCCCUUGAACAUAUUUACCCUGGAUCCCGGUGGAUUGACAGGAGAGAGCCAUUUAACGGAGAACGCACCUCGGUCGGUCCGAAUGGCACACCAGACGCGGUCUGGACUCCGGCCAUUCCUGCGGGUGUUCUCUAAAAGUGCCAUUAAUAACCCUAGUGUCCCAGCCAAGGUAAUCACAAAAGUCGCAUUCCAGAGAGAUACUGUGGAGCAAUGGGGAAGGGAGCGAUAUUAUAUCUUGGACAACGACUACGAGGCCGGAUCCGUCAUUCCGGUGCUUCGAGACCCGCCUAAAAUGGAGGCAUUGCUUAAGAAGCUGAUGGGACAAAUUGAGAUCGGUGUCAAGGGUAUGGGGUCUCCCCAGUCCAGGAUAUCACGGAUCAAUUGA